AUGGCCACCCGCAACCACCAUGUCUGCUACGUAGUUCCGCCCUACAUGCUCAGCGCUAUUGCCGACAGCAGUAAAAACGAUGACCCCAUCCGCGAGUCUGCCCGCCAUGCGCUCACCAUUCACAAGAGUUACUGUGACAAACGAGAAAAGAGAUUCGCAGCACUCUGUGCGCCUCGCGGCAGCAGGGCCGCUAACGUUCACCAGAGACAAAACAUAGUGCCUGACCACAUGCUUCAGCACAUUGCCGACAGCGAAGAUGUUGACGAUGACACCCGCGCUUGCGCUAAACGGGAUUUGGAGCAUAUUAGAAGUAUUCACGCCAAGUACCAAGAAUCUCAGGGCCUUCGUGCCGAGCAGAAGGCUGGUGUUACUACCGAACAAACCUCGGAAACUACUGAGAAAACUUAUCGUGCCGUGUACGAUGCCAAAAACGACUCCAACGAAGCCAAUCUCCCCGGCAAAGUGGUUCGAGUAGAAGGCCAAAAAGCUACCAAGGACGAGGCCGUCAACGAGGCCUACGACAAUGCUGGCCUUGUGCUCUCCUUCUACGCCGAUAUAUUCAACUGGAAGUCAAUCGACAACAAGAAUAUGCACGUCAUAAGCUCGGUGCACUUCGGAGAGAACUACGAAAACGCUUUCUGGGAUCCGGAGAUUGCCCAGAUGGUGUAUGGCGACGGACACGAUUUUCUGACCAACUUCACUGGCUGCAUAGAUGUUAUUGGUCAUGAACUCACUCACGCCGUCACCGAACACACCUCACCUCUCGACUACACGGGCCAGAGCGGUGCCCUGAAUGAACAUGUUUCGGACGUCUUCGGUAUCAUGAUCAAGCAGAGAGUCGAGGAUGAAACCGCCGACAAAGCCGACUGGCUGAUUGGCGAAUACUGUCUUAUGCCCGGCGUUAAAGGUGUUGCUCUACGGAGCAUGAAGGCUCCCGGAACAGCCUACGACGACCCUCGUUUUGGCAAAGAUCCACAGCCAGCCAACUUCAAGGACUACAAGAUAACACUCGAGGACAACGGGGGCGUGCAUCUCUACUCGGGUAUCCCGAACAAGGCGUUCUACAACGCCUCCGUUGCAUUUGGCGGCUACUCAUGGGAGAAAGCCGGCAAGAUCUGGUGGGAGACGAUGCAGAGCGGCCAGAUCCCCUCCCGCUGCACCUUUAUUCAGUUCGCAGACGUGACGGUGGACAAGGCCGGAGAUCUCUUUGGAGAUGAUGCCGCGGCUAUCGUCCGCAAGGCCUGGGACGACGUGGGCGUCGCUAGAAAGUCCUAG